CCCUCGGCUUUUAUAAGUCGUCACGGAGACCCGCCUUUCCCCUUCUGAGCCAAUCACCGAGCUCGAUGAGGCUGCCAGGCCUCAGAGAACCAUGGCUACUGCCAAGGGAAUCGCCAUAGGCAUCGACCUGGGCACCACCUACUCCUGCGUGGGGGUGUUCCAGCACGGCAAGGUGGAGAUCAUCGCCAACGACCAGGGCAACCGCACCACCCCCAGCUACGUGGCCUUCACAGACACCGAGCGGCUCAUCGGGGAUGCGGCCAAGAACCAGGUAGCCAUGAAUCCCCAGAACACUGUUUUUGAUGCCAAACGUCUGAUCGGCAGGAAAUUUAAUGAUCCUGUUGUACAAUCAGAUAUGAAACUUUGGCCUUUUCAAGUGAUUAAUGAAGGAGGCAAGCCCAAAGUGCUUGUGUCCUACAAAGGAGAGAAUAAAGCUUUCUACCCUGAGGAAAUCUCUUCGAUGGUACUGACUAAGAUGAAGGAGAUUGCUGAGGGUUUUUUGGGCCACCCUGUCACCAAUGCAGUGAUUACCGUGCCAGCCUAUUUCAAUGACUCUCAACGUCAGGCUACCAAGGAUGCAGGUGUGAUUGCUGGACUUAAUGUGCUAAGAAUCAUCAAUGAGCCCACAGCUGCUGCCAUUGCCUAUGGUUUAGAUAAAGGAGGUCAAGGAGAACGACAUGUCCUGAUUUUUGAUCUGGGUGGAGGCACAUUUGAUGUGUCAAUUCUGACCAUAGAUGAUGGGAUUUUUGAGGUAAAGGCCACUGCUGGGGACACUCACCUGGGUGGGGAGGACUUUGACAACAGGCUUGUGAGCCACUUCGUGGAGGAGUUCAAGAGGAAGCACAAAAAGGACAUCAGCCAGAACAAGCGAGCCGUGAGGCGGCUGCGCACUGCCUGCGAGAGGGCCAAGAGGACCCUGUCGUCCAGCACCCAGGCCAACCUAGAAAUUGAUUCACUUUAUGAAGGCAUUGACUUCUACACAUCCAUCACCAGAGCUCGAUUUGAAGAGUUGUGUGCAGACCUGUUUAGGGGUACCCUGGAGCCUGUAGAAAAAGCGCUUCGGGAUGCCAAGAUGGAUAAGGCUAAAAUCCAUGACAUUGUUUUAGUAGGGGGCUCCACCCGCAUCCCCAAGGUGCAGCGGCUGCUUCAGGACUACUUUAAUGGACGUGAUCUCAACAAGAGCAUCAACCCUGAUGAGGCCGUAGCAUAUGGGGCUGCGGUACAGGCGGCCAUCCUGAUGGGGGACAAGUCUGAGAAGGUACAGGACCUGCUGCUGCUGGACGUGGCUCCCCUGUCACUGGGGCUGGAGACGGCUGGGGGCGUGAUGACUGCCCUGAUCAAGCGCAACUCCACCAUCCCCACCAAGCAGACACAGAUUUUCACCACCUACUCUGACAACCAACCCGGGGUGCUGAUCCAGGUGUAUGAGGGCGAGAGGGCCAUGACAAAGGACAACAACCUGCUGGGGCGGUUUGACCUGACUGGAAUCCCCCCAGCACCCAGGGGAGUUCCUCAGAUUGAGGUGACGUUUGACAUUGAUGCCAAUGGUAUUCUCAAUGUCACAGCCAUGGACAAGAGCACUGGCAAGGCCAACAAGAUCACCAUCACCAAUGACAAGGGCCGCCUAAGCAAGGAGGAGAUUGAGCACAUGGUUCUGGAUGCUGAGAAAUAUAAAGCUGAAGAUGAGGUCCAGAGGGAGAAAAUUGCUGCAAAGAAUGCGUUAGAAUCCUAUGCUUUUAACAUGAAGAGUGUUGUGAGUGAUGAAGGUUUGAAGGGCAAGAUUAGUGAGUCCGAUAAAAAGAAAAUACUGGAUAAAUGCAACGAGCUCCUUUCAUGGCUGGAGGCCAAUCAACUGGCAGAGAAAGAUGAGUUUGAUCAUAAGAGAAAGGAAUUGGAGCAGAUGUGUAACCCCAUCAUCACUAAACUCUACCAAGGAGGAUGCACUGGGCCUGCCUGUGGAACAGGGUAUGUGCCUGGAAGGCCUGCCACAGGCCCCACAAUUGAAGAAGUAGAUUAAUUCUUUUUGGAACUGAAGCAUCCUAGGAUGCCUCUACAUGUAUUUCAUUCCCCUCAUCUUCAAACAUCAUUAUUAUUCUUGACCAGACCUGAACCUAAGUUACCAUCCCUUGGGAAUUCUGGAGGAGGAGUCUCAUGCCCCACCUAUCACACUCCCUCACAUCCUGUUUCUGACUCUGGAAUGGACUCAGGAAAACUAGGCCCCUCUUUAAACUGUGUAAUGUAUUUGAAUGUCUGUUAUUUCCAGCCACCCUAACAUUCUUCUUCCUGUGUGGAUGCUUAUUUGUCAAUCAGUAAAUUUGUUCGUAAAGAAAA